UUUGUUUGACCCGGUAGUUUGGUAAAAAUUCGUUGCACAACGGGAUGGGCUAUAAAUUUCCUUGUAGAAUAUGAAUUGAAUUGCUCGAAAAUACGAAGAGAGAUAAAGGGACGGGGGGUUUUAUCAGAGGUGCAAGGGCAGGGGAGAAAAGCAGUUUAGCAAUCCCAACUUUCGGAACUGCAGAAGAUAUUUAACAGGUUUUUGGUACCAUGGAUGGGCCUGCGAUGCCUGAACCUGUUGGUUACCUUUGUGGAGACUGUGGAGCUGAGAAUACACUGAAACCUGGUGAUGUAAUCCAGUGCAGAGAAUGUGGCUAUCGUAUACUGUACAAGAAACGCACAAGGAGGAUUGUUCAAUAUGAAGCUCGCUGAAUUGAUUCCAUUCGAUCUGGAUCAUUUCGGGAUGAUUUGGAUCAUGUUUGAUCUUGAGGAUAAAAUUAUGAAUGCAAAAUAAUUCUUAUUAUGCAACAUAAAACUUCGUACAGAGGCUCGGUAUCAAGCCUCAAUCUUGAGUUUGGGGGUAUUUGGAAGCACAUUGUUAUGUUUGAAUCAGUUUCUAAUGAUGUUCGUCUCAUCGACUUUGAGGAAUUUUACUGGUGGGUAGACAAUACAUAAGUAAUAUCAUAUAGAGCUUCAGAAACUUUAUGAUACUAUAAAGAAACCUUUCAUGGCCCUCUUUUUCUAA